AUGAUUGAAGAUUGUGGGAAAAGAGGAAAUACCAUGGCAGAAAGAAGGCAGCUGUUUGCAGAAAUGCGGGCUCAAGAUCUGGAUCGCAUUCGCUUAUCCACCUACAGAACAGCAUGCAAGCUCAGAUUUGUUCAGAAGAAAUGCAACUUACACCUGGUGGACAUCUGGAAUGUGAUUGAAGCACUGCGAGAAAAUGCCCUUAAUAACCUGGACCCCAACAUAGAGCUCAACGUGGCUCGCCUCGAGGCUGUGAUUUCAACUAUUUUCUACCAGCUCAACAAAAGGAUGCCAACCACCCACCAGAUCAACGUGGAGCAAUCUAUCAGCCUGCUGCUCAACUUCUUGCUAGCAGCCUUUGAUCCGGAAGGACAUGGUAAAAUUUCCGUUUUUGCUGUCAAAAUGGCCUUGGCGACUCUUUGUGGAGGAAAGAUCAUGGACAAAUUAAGAUAUAUUUUCUCAAUGAUUUCAGACUCCAGCGGAGUGAUGGUUUAUGGCAAAUACGACCUGUUUCUGCGAGAGGUUCUCAAGCUGCCCACUGCUGUUUUCGAAGGGCCUUCGUUUGGUUAUACUGAGCAAUCAGCAAAGUCCUGCUUCUCACAACAGAAAAAGGUCACAUUAAACACCUUCUUGGAUACUCUCAUGUCUGAUCCCCCGCCACAGUGUCUAGUGUGGUUACCACUUCUGCAUCGACUGGCAAAUGUUGAAAAUGUCUUCCACCCCGUGGAGUGCUCGUACUGCCACAGCGAGAGCAUGAUGGGCUUUCGCUACCGCUGCCAGCAGUGCCACAAUUACCAGCUCUGCCAGGACUGCUUCUGGAGAGGCCACGCCAGCGGUUCCCACAGCAACCAGCACCAGAUGAAGGAGUACACGUCAUGGAAAUCACCUGCUAAGAAGCUAACUAAUGCACUUAGCAAGUCUUUAAGCUGUGCUUCCAGCCGUGAACCUUUGCACCCAAUGUUCCCUGACCAGCCUGAAAAACCUCUAAACCUGGCUCAUAUUGUGCCCCCCCGACCUGUAACCAGCAUGAACGAUACGCUCUUCUCCCACUCUGUUCCCUCAGGAAGUCCUUUUGCAAACCGAAGGUUACUUGGGGGUGUAAAUGCAGCCAGUCCUGUGGCUGAUGAGCACUCUCUUAUAAAGCUGUAUGUAAAUCAGCUUCACAACAAUCCACGGUUACAGUACAGGCUCGAUGUUGCAGACAGGCUGGCCGAUGAACAUGUACUCAUCGGGUUGUAUGUCAACAUGCUCCAGAGCAACCCCGCACGCAUGCUCGACAGCGCAAGUCGUCUGGAUGAAGAGCACAAGCUGAUCGCCAGGUAUGCAGCAAGGCUGGCAGCAGAAGCUUCUUCAUCACAGCAGCAGGGACAGCAGAGAGGAGCCUCAGAUAUCUCCUUCACCAUUGAUGCAAAUAAGCAACAAAGGCAGCUGAUUGCAGAGCUUGAGAACAAAAACCGAGAAAUCCUUCAGGAGAUCCAGAGACUGCGACUUGAACAUGAGCAGGCAUCUCAGCCCACCCCAGAGAAGGCYCAGCAAAAUCCCACUCUCCUUGCAGAGCUCCGGCUCCUCAGACAGCGGAAGGAUGAGCUGGAACAGAGGAUGUCUGCUCUCCAGGAAAGCCGGAGGGARCUUAUGGUUCAAUUAGAAGGCCUCAUGAAACUACUGAAGAGCCAAGGGGCAGGCUCGCCUCGUUCCUCACCCAGCCACACCAUCAGCCGACCUAUUCCCAUGCCCAUCAGGUCCGCGUCUGCCUGCUCCACACCGACCCACACGCCUCAGGACUCGCUGACCGGGGUGGGAGGAGAUGUGCAGGAAGCCUUYGCACAAAGUGCAAGACGGAACUUAAGAAAUGAUUUGCUGGUGGCAGCAGAUUCAAUCACYAACACCAUGUCAUCUUUGGUAAAGGAGUUAAAUUCUGAAGUGGGCAGUGAGACAGAAAGCAACGUGGAUUCGGAAUUUGGACGGACACAUUUUGAUGAUCUUGUUCCAUCGCCGACCUCGGAGAAGGCUUUCCUGGCCCAGAUCCAUGCCCGCAAGCCCGGGUACCUCCACAGCGCUGCUGCCACCGGGUCCAUGCGCAGUGACAUGGUUACAGAAGAUGGAGACCCCUAUGUCAGAGCAGAUGAUGAAAAUUAUGAGAAUGACUCUGUCCGCCAGCUGGAGAAUGAACUGAAGAUGGAGGAAUACCUGAAGCAGAAGCUGCAGGAUGAGGCAUACCAGGUCAGUUUGCAAAGUUGAGUGCAAUAUUCUUCUCUCUCUCCUCUCAAGCAAGCUGCAGCCAGACAGACAACGAGAGCUACGUAAGAACUGAUGACGAGGAGAGCUGCUUUCGGACAGACGACGAAGAAAACUCCGCUGCAAACUUCACAGACGAGUGGAACCAACAGGUGCAGCGUCUCUUGACAAAAAAAUCAAACAACUAAGUUCUGAGGACUGUAGCACAGUACUUUUGUUCUAAGAGUUGUAGUUUGUAGAUGUGUGUUUUGACAAAAAGACUUUUGUUUAAAGCUAACUUAUAUUAGCUACAUCUGCUGUAACAUGACUCAUUACCAGUGAAGAACACAGACUGAAGUAGGUACUGCUGUUACAAUAAAUGGCAGUAUUAAUAACUCACAUAAACCCUUUGCACAUGAUAUUGAACCUGUUCAGUUUACAAUGACAAUACUGUUUAUAGAUAGAAAAUUGAUUUCUGAAUACUUUGAGAUUUUAGUAGACCAGUUUACUAUACACUGUACAUUUUUUUCCACAGAAAAGAUAAAAAGCUACAAUUAUGCAUUUAACACUGAAUGAUUAUACUCCUGAGUGUAUAUAUCUAGUAGCCCAAAAACAAAGUUCCAGACUGUAUUUGCAAUUUGUUUGCAAGUCUUUUAAUAGACUUAUACAAAAUGUACUAAAAUGAUAAUAAUAUAGUUAACRAUAGUAAUAAAAAGCCUCUCUAAUUUAGGGCUAAUGUGUAACUUAGGAAUGUUUUCUUUCAAAAUAAUCUAACAAAUCAGCCAUAGAAGUUAGUGUAAAUAUUUUUUYUUUUCCAAAUAGAUAUCAUAUACAAAAGGUGACAUUCAAAUGAUAUAGAAUCUAGUUUUUAAAUCAGCACAGAUCUUCUUAAAAACUGUGAACUAUGUUUUGAAAUACUCGUUGCUAAAGCUGUUUAUAAACCACAGGUGCCAUAAGAUCCCUGAACUGACUGAUGUUAUGUAUAAUCUUCCAUGGAAUUGUUUCAUUGAUGUUUUAGCUUUAGUAAGCAUGUGUUCAACAAAUCGGCUCUUUCCAUUCCCCUGCCCCUCCGACUCUCUCCUUCUUCAUGUUAUUUUUGAGGCCUUCAGCUUUAAAUGUACAGGCUUAAAGUGCGCUUGCGACUCUUUUCUUUCUUAUUUCCGAAUGUGUAUUGCCUUAGCCAGCCACCAGAUGUUCUGCAUGCACUCUUGGAAAUGUGUAGUGAGACUCUCUUUCAGAGCUGAAUGGAGAAUUAGCUAUCCGUGAAAAGCACAAGAAGAGCGGUGGAUUUUUGCGAAAGAACAGGCAUACAGUCACAGAAUUGGAGUUUUGCCCCUUUUAGUAACUUCUGAGCAUAGCAGAAUUUCCGGAGAAAGGGGACUAAUCUGACCRUUUUGGGUUAUGCAGUGAGCCUGCUAGCUGAAAGGUGUUUGCUCUGCUCCUGCUACAGAUGUGCAGGUAGUUCUGAGCAGGGGCUGACACAAAACAGCUGGGAUGUCCUCCACGCAGGUUGUUGCUUGGAAAUUAGGAUUGUGGCUGCACUGGCACGCGGCGAAAUUCGAGCUGGUCCAGGUACGUUAGGGGUGGAAUUAGAGCUAGGCCAGAAGCAGGACAGCAGCGCCAGGGCCAUGUUCUGUGCUGGCUGCACGGCCCUGCUGAGGAGCACACGGUGUUACCUUGGGACCCGCUCUGUGCUAAGGUAAUAUUGCUGCACUAAGGUAAUWUUACGGCCUCCAGUCCCUGGGUUACCUGAGGUGACCCUGCCUGGCAGCCCUGAAGACUCUAGCGUUUCAUGCAGAUAUUCCAGCAGCACAGUCUACCUACAGCGAGGGACGAGCUGCUCAUCCCAAGCAGGUUAAARUGUUGGUCUGUCCUCUGUUUCUUGGUUACAUACAUUGUAGGAUGUAUGCUGCCAUGUUUACAUUGCUAUUUGGCUCAACCCAGCAAUUUCACYUGCCGCCGCACGUGUUCUCAACGCUCUUGACUGUUUCCCCAGGYACUACGUGUUAGGGAAUGAAUAUCUGUAUGAAAGAGCUACCAUUUUUCACUUUCAUAUUGUAUUACUACUUAUGCAAGUCUGUUGUCCACAUCUCCAUGCAUAUCUGAGCGUGGUCUCAGGCAUCCAAAUUGAUGCUAAAGCAUCCGGAUAUCUUCAUGUAAGCCUUCCAUCCUCGCAGUCACUGGUCUUUGCUUCUGGGGUAGGUGCCAUCCUGGCACCGAAUCCUCUGAUGCCCUCUCCUACAACCUCCUCUCAGGAAUGAGUGAGCCUCCACUAGUGCCUAGCACUCCGCUUAAACCCCCUGCAGCGAAGCCGUAGAUGUUGCUGUCAGCUCAGGAUUCCUGUCAAGCAUUUCCUGAAAAACAAACAAACAAAAAGACCCCGAGAACACGGCUACAUGCACGGGCUGACGAGCUCAACCUGUGUCGUGUCUAACUGUACCCAAAGGAAUAACUCCCUUCCAUCAUCCUAAUGUCUGUGCRCGCAUUAUCACUAUGCUUAAAAUAGAUGCAGUAGAAAUAAAUCCGUUGCAAGGGCUUCUGGACUAGGAGUAAUGAAAAGAGCUGGUAGAUCAAGUGCUUUUCUCCCAGACUGGUGUCAGCAAGGUAGUUCCCAACAGAGACCUGGGUCCCUGGUGCCCUGGAGCUCUGAGAAGAAGCACCUCUUACUCGGCUCUCCCAAUAUCUAUUUUAAGCAUUUCCCACCUGUUAAGCUGCCUACAUUUUAGGCCAGCUGGUCUUCGUCUGCUUGUCGCAUAUUAUUUUGGUUGUGGUUUGUGGUCAUUGAAGCAGUUAUGGAAGAGGUCCCUGGUACAGGCCUUUUCCUAGCUACGAAUGGCUCACCACGGCAGUCAAAACUCCGGGUGGUUUAAUGUCCCUGGAGGGAAAUCAGUGGUUUGGAAUCAGGAGACAGGGAUGUGAAGAUGUAUAGGGUUCUUGAAUGUCCAAAGCAAAGGUGAAGAAUGGGUUGUCUGUAAGUAGUAAUGUUAACUAAACUGCAUUAAAAGGUGUGUGGCCUUUGUUGUGAUAUAAUAUGUAUUUUCUUAUAUGCAUGAGCCAAAUUGUUGCAUCAUAAUUUAUCAUAAAUGUGUCUGCCUUUACUUUUGGUCAUCUUCUCCCAUCCUUAUUGGUUCUUGGCAAUUACUGUAGAUAGACCUUGUAAAUAUUGCAACCUCAGGUUGCUGUAAUCACGUUGGUUCAAUUCAGCAGCCGGAGCUGUGAACAGCAAGCUCCACUGUGUCC